AUGCUAGACAUCCAGCGGGGAUGUCGACCAGGUGCGUCUUCCCUCGGAGCGGCCAUCAAGAAUUGUGGGAGGAAAGGGCACUGGAGCGCGGCACUGCAGCUGUUCCGCGAAGCGUCUCAGACGCGAGCGGAUCUCGGCAGAGCCCACUACACUGCGAUUGCCAGCGCAUGCGGGCAGAGCGGGCAGUGGCAACGGGCGCUGUCGCUUCUCAGCGAGAUGGAAGAGGCGAAGUUGGAGCUAGACGUCAUCAGCUACAACGCUGGGAUUAGCGCGUGCGGGAAGAGCGAGCAGUGGCAGCGAGCCUUGUCGCUGCUCGGCGAGAUCUCAGAGGCGAAAUUGGAGCCCGACGUCAUCAGCUACAACGCUGGGAUCAGCGCGUGCGAGAAAGGCGAGCAGUGGCAGCGGGCGUUGGCGCUGCUCGGCGAGAUGCGGCACGAGAAAUUGAAACCGCAUGUUAUAAAUUCCAUAACCUACAACGCUGGGAUAAGCGCAUGCGGAAAAGGCGAGCAGUGGCAGUGGGCGCUGUCGCUGCUCAGAGAGAUGCGGGAGGCGAAGUUGGAGCCCGUUGGCAUCUCUACAACGCGGGGCUCAGCGCGUGCGAGAGGGGCGCGCAGUGGCGGCGGGCCCUGUGGCUCCUGGGCGCGAUGCGGCGCGGGCGGCUGCAGCCCGACAUCGUCUCCCUACAGCGCCUGCAUCAGCGCGUGCGAGAAGGGCGAGCAGUGGCAGUUGGCCAUGUUGCUGCUCCAGGACAUUUGCGAGGCAAAGCUGAAGCCCAACAUCAUCAUCUCUUCAACUACAACGCUGGGAUCAGCGCGUGCGGUAGAGGCGAGCAAUGGCGGCGGGCCCUGUUGUUGCUCGGCGAAAUGCGGGAUACGCAGUUGGAGCCCGACGUCGUCAGCUGCAGCGCUGCGAUCAACGCGUGCGAGAAGGGCAAGCAGUGGCAGCAGGCCCUGUCGCUGA